CGCAAUUCAAAAUGUGGGCAACGUUGCAUUGCAGAUCCACUAGUCACGUGAUAUGAAUCUAAAAUGCAUCCGAUUCGGCAGGUGGGACCAAGAGGGGUAAAAGGUUCCAACUUUGUGUAGUUUGCAUUUUACUUGGAGUACAUGUCUUUCUCAUACUGGCUACUGUCUUUAAGCCUUCCAUCACAGAAUUGAAAUUCAUGAUGUAUUUUCUAUUCCUGUUACCAGUCCUAAUAUCUUUGACUCUCGCUUUCAAUGCUCCCCCCGAUGUCCCCACUUGGUGCGGAAAACCUUAUAUGAGCACGUGAGUUGUUAUCCCAUUGAGGCAAGGAAGGGUACUUUUUGACAUUUCUUAGAAACCAUUCACUAGAUCCAGGAGGGCAAUUCCAGUUUCCAGUAUCGCAGUAUGAUCCUCUGCUAUAUAUUACCAUACAACCUCGGUAUUCAAUAUUUCUAGAGGAUGAUAGCGAGGGAUCUUUGAUCGUUGAUGCUAGCAUAUCUCAUAUCUUUGGUGGAUCAUACCGAAAUGCUACCUAUGAUGUCCCUGGAAGCAAUAUCAGCUCUCCUUUCACGACUCUUGAUAUUAAAAUUUACAAUGAGGAGUCGAGUGCUCUACUUAUCACCAAAAGAGUUCCAGUAAAUUCAACAGGCAACCUAAUUGGGUUCUCUUUCUCGUCGUUCCCAGCACGAUUAGAGCCUUAUGCGGUCUCAAUUUACGCCAGCUCCCCUGAUGGUCGACAAUCCUAUACCGCAAGCACCAGUGUCUACGUACUGCCAUCCCGGGACUAUGGUAGUGCUGUUAAAAUUGACAAUCUCUAUGGAGGACUUUAUGUUCAAAACGACAAGAAUGACUGGAAGGGCUGGUAUGCCAUCUUCCCUAAUGGAUAUUAUGCGGAUGGAUCUUAUGUAACCCCCGACAAUGUCUCACUCGCUAACCUCGAAGCAUACGCUGCACUCGGUUUCAACACUAUAAACAUCGUUCCAGACGGUGGCCUUCCAGAUCAAUCUUAUCCCACAGCACAACUCAUAGAGUAUUGGGAUAAAAUGGAUGAAUUAAACCUCUUCAAUCUUUAUGACAUGCGUUUCGCGUUCCAAAACUCGACACGCAUUUCAGAACAAGUGGCCCUCUGGCAACAUAGAACCACCCUUCUGUCGUGGUAUACUGCCGAUGAGCCAGAUGGGUGGGUAUAUCCCCUCAAUUCCACGCAGCUUGCCUACAAGCAGCUUAAAUCCCUCGAUCCAUAUCAUCCCGUCAGUCUCGUGCUAAACUGUCAAAACUUCUACUACCCUGAAUAUUCAGCCGGUGCCGACAUCAUCUUUCAAGAUGCAUAUCCAGUGUCUAUCAAUGCAACUUGGUCUAUUUCGUGGAAUACACCUUGUAAUGAAACAUAUGGAGAUUGUGGGUGCGACAAUUGUGUAGGAGAGUUAGAAGAUGUAUCCAAUCGGCUAGACGACAUACAAAAUUACCAAGCAAAUAUAGGACCGGGUAGUCAGGGUGGUUUGGACAAACCUACGUGGUCAGUUGUACAAGCGUUUGGUGAAUCGCAGUAUUGGCAAAGGGUACCAAGUGCAGAGGAAGUGGAAGUCAUGAUGAUGUUAAGUGUGAAUCACAAUGCCAAGGGCAUUACGUACUGGAUUUUUCCAAGCACGGAUACAGUGAAUGCUGGUAGUGCGGCGCUGGGGAAAGUAUUGCAGAAUGAGCCUGCUAUUGAUUUCCUGUUUGGCACAAAUGCAAUCAAGGGAUUGGGAAAUGGCUUGCUGGAUGUAAGUGCAUGGAGAGUGGGAGAACAGAUGAUGAUUGGGAUUGUUAAUGAGGAAUAUGUUGAUUCCAAAGCCGAGGUCACGAUACUUUUGCCGUGGAAUGUGGUGUCGAUGAAUCAGACAUUAUAUGGAGAUUCAAGCUGGAGUGUUAGUGAAAGCAGAUUGUCGAAAUUGGGCCUGAGUGCCUUGGAAGUAGAUAUUUUGGUCGUGAAUCUUAGUUAGUACCCCGUAUUCCAAUACAUUAUCGAAAGUUGAAGAAGUGUCAUGUUUAACAUCGUUUUAGAAACCGAUGCUAGUUCCUCCAUAGUACAUGAUGGGAAUAUGUAUAGAGAUGAGCUUUGAGAAUAGUAAUUCAAUCUGAUCUAUACAAAUAGUGUUUUAAAUCGCUGUUUUAGUUGUGAGAUCUGUUAUUUAAGUCUUAGUUUAUUGUUAUAACUAAUUAAUAUUCUUUGUAUUUGAAAUAUACU